UGAGGUUGCCUACCACCGCGGCGAUCCGCGUGGCGUACUAACCGUGGUGGUACCGAACAGUAAAAAGGGUAUAAAUUGCAUCGACCGCAGCAAACGGAUCAUCAGUGAAGCAUUUGCAUCGAUCAAACCAACAAGCAUCUGGCAGGCGAACCGUGUCGUGGGUUUUUGUUGUGUGUAGUGACGCUUGCACCUUCCCGAACAGCAGGAAAGGACCUUCCAGGAUCCUUUUUGGCCUCCGAACCAAUCGAAAAAGCGAGAACAAGCACGCGAGAAAAGCAGACGAACGAGAACGAGAACAGAAUGAAGACGUUUGUGCUGUUGAGCUGUUGUUUGGUUCUGGCUUCCGCCCGUCCGGAAGCAGGAUACUCAUACAAUCGUCCAUCAACUGGCGGCUCGCACGGUGGCGGCGGCGGCGGCGGCUACUCGUCCGGUGGCGGUUCCUUCACAUCCGGCGGUGGCGGAUACAGUGGUGGCGGCGGCGGCGGCGGUGGCUUCUCAUCCGGUGCCGGUGCUAGCUUCGGUGGCAGUGCCGGAGGAUUCGGAGGAGUCUCAUCAUUCAGCUCGAGCGGUGCUGGAGGCUUCGGCGGUGGUGUGAGCAGCUUCGGCGGUGGUGUAAGCAGCUUCGGCGGCGGUUCGUUCGGCGGUGGCUCCCAGCAGGCCAUCAUCCAGAAACACAUCUACGUGCACGUGCCGCCACCAGAGCCGGAGGAGGUUCGCGUCCAGCGCCCGAUCCAGCUGGCCGCACCCCAGAAACACUACAAGAUCAUCUUCAUCAAGGCACCGUCGGCACCGUCGUACCAGGCACCGCAGAUCCCGAUCCAGCCCCAGAACGAGGAGAAGACGCUCGUGUACGUGCUGGUGAAGAAGCCGGACGAGCAGCAGGACAUCGUCAUCCCGACGCCGGCCCCAACCCAACCGAGCAAACCGGAGGUGUACUUCAUCAAGUACAAAACGCAGAAGGAAUCGUCCGGCGGGUUCGGCGGCAGCGCCGGUGGUUUCGGUGGCGAUCUGGGCGGUGGACUCGGGGGUGGAGAUUUGGGCGGCCAUGGUGGUUCGCUGGUUGGCGGUGAUCUCGGCGGACACGGUGGACACGGCGGUGGCCAUGGAGGUGAUCUCGGUGGACAUGGAGGUUCGGGUGCGACCGCACCGGCUGCUCAGUAUGGCCCACCGGGCAAGUCUGGCCCGUACUAAGACGUUUGUGUAUGUGUGAUCCAACAAAACAAACACACACACGCAUACACGGGACCACGUAGCUAGUCGCAACCACCAACCAACUGAAGAACAUGGAAAACCCCUCCCCCGCUCCCAUUUUUGCCGGAUUUUCCCUCCCACACUCCUCGGCUCGGUUCGAACACUUGAUGAUUCCGGGCUGUUUUGGCGCAGCACACGAUUUUGUACAUAAAAUCUAGCCAUUUUCCACGUGCGCGUUUUUCCGCGACGUAUUCUUUAUUUUUCCUAUCCAACUUCUCUAUUAUCAACUCCUGUUUUUUUUUUCUAAUGUGCUGCUGCUAGCGGUUGACAAUCGGAAAUCGAAGCUCUAAGAAUGAGAAGCCAGGGCAGUGGACGGGUCGGAAAACUGCCGAACAAAAAAGCGGGGAAAAACGUUAAACAGAUACACACGCGCCUUCCCAGCACACCCGAGUGGAAACAGGGCAAAAACAAACAAACACCCACACUCACCCACAUCUCCGCCGAAUUGUUAGUGCGUUAAGGAACAGUUUUUGUUUUAAUUGUUUGACAUAUUAUUGUCUUCCCCACUCGAAACCUACCCCAUCCUCCCCCCCCCCCCCCAAACUUAGGCUUAAAUGUAUUGUUAACUACUCACUACGUUACGUUUUGUACUUCUCGUUUUUCAAAAUGCAAUUAAACAAAAAAAAAACAACGGUGACAAAUUUUGAAGAAACGAA